UGGGACCCAAGGGCUGUGCCUCUGGACCUCAUGGCCACCUCGGAUCCCUCCUCCUCCAACACCGCUCAGGAUCCCAAUCCAACUAAUUUACGACCCACAACCUAUGACACCUGGUGUGGUGUAGCUCAUGGCUGCACGAAGAAAAUCGGGCUCAAGAUAUGCGGUUUCCUGCAAAGGAACAACAGCCUGGAAGACAAGAGCCGGCUGGUGAGCGCGCUCAAGGAACGGCAGAGCAGCCGGAACCUGCUGGCUUGCGAGAACAGCGAGAAGGAAGGCCGCUUCCAGAAGACCGAGACCGACUUCUCCAACCUCUACGCCCGGGAUUUACUGCCAGCCAAGAACGGUGAGGAGCAAACAGUUCAGUUCCUUCUGGAAGUGGUGGAUAUCCUCCUGACCUAUGUGAAGAAGACCUUUGACAGGUCCACCAAGGUACUGGAUUUCCAUCACCCUCAUCAGCUCCUGGAAGGCAUGGAAGGCUUCAACCUUGAACUCUCCGACAAUCCAGAAUCACUCGAACAGAUUCUAGUGGACUGCAGAGACAGUCUGAAAUAUGGAGUGAGGACAGGUCAUCCUCGAUUUUUCAACCAGCUUUCUACAGGGCUCGAUAUCAUUGGCUUGGCUGGGGAAUGGCUGACCUCUACAGCUAAUACAAACAUGUUUACAUAUGAGAUUGCACCUGUUUUUGUACUCAUGGAACAAAUAACACUUCGAAAAAUGAGAGAGAUUAUUGGAUGGACCAAUAAAGAUGGCGAUGGAAUAUUCUCACCUGGUGGCGCUAUAUCCAAUAUGUAUAGCAUCAUGGCUGCCCGCUAUAAAUACUUUCCAGAAGUCAAAACCAAAGGCAUGUCCGCAGUGCCUAAACUGGUCCUUUUUACCUCAGAACAUAGUCACUAUUCAAUAAAGAAAGCUGGAGCUGCGCUUGGAUUUGGUACUGAAAAUGUGAUUUUAAUAAAGUGCAAUGAAAGGGGCAAAAUAAUACCUGCUGAUCUAGAAGCCAAAAUCCUGGAUGCCAAACAAAAGGGAUAUAUUCCCCUUUAUGUGACUGCAACUGCUGGUACAACCGUUUAUGGAGCCUUUGAUCCUAUUCCAGAGAUUGCAGACAUCUGUGAUAAGUAUAAUCUUUGGCUUCAUGUGGAUGCUGCCUGGGGAGGUGGGUUACUUAUGUCUAGAAAGCAUCGUCACAAGCUGAACGGUAUUGAAAGAGCCAAUUCUGUCACAUGGAAUCCACACAAGAUGAUGGGAGUCCUACUGCAAUGUUCUGCCAUUCUUCUUCGGGAAAAGGGUAUACUUCAAGGUUGCAACCAGAUGUGUGCCGGAUAUCUGUUUCAACAAGAUAAGCAAUAUGAUAUCACCUAUGACACUGGAGACAAAGCAAUACAAUGUGGACGCCAUGUGGAUAUAUUCAAAUUCUGGUUGAUGUGGAAAGCUAAGGGUACAGUGGGAUUUGAAAGUCAAAUCAACAAAUGUCUUGAAUUGUCAGAAUACCUCUAUAAUAAAAUUAAAAACAGGCAAGAGUUUGAGAUGGUUUUUGAAGGAGAGCCUGAACACACAAACGUUUGUUUCUGGUACAUUCCGCCAAGUCUCAGAGGCAUGCCAGACUCUGAAGAAAGAAGAGAAAAACUACAUAGGGUGGCACCCAAGAUCAAAGCUCUGAUGAUGGAAACAGGUACCACCAUGGUUGGAUAUCAGCCUCAGGGAGAAAAAGUCAACUUCUUCAGAAUGGUGAUCUCAAAUCCUGCAGCCACCAAGUCAGAUAUUGACUUCUUGAUUGAAGAAAUAGAACGACUGGGGCAAGAUCUGUAA